CAUCAACAUUCCCAUUCGCACCACCUCCACACCAGUCGUCCACCAUGGACCCCAAACCCCUCGCGUUGCGAGAAGUCAAACCGAAGAAUGCGCGGACCAAGCGCUACCUCGACAACAAGGCGCCGCAAAGCGUGGAGAACCCGCGAACCACCCUCUUCCUCCGCUACACCACCAGCUCCGAAGUUGUGAAUCUCGUGCUCAAAGACUUGAACGCCCUCAAGCGACCGCUCGCCGUCAAAUUCAGCAAGAAGAACAAUAUCCACCCGUUUGAAGAUGCCUCGUCCUUUGAGUUUCUCUCCGACAAGAAUGAUGCUAGCAUGAUUGUGUUUGGGAGCCACAGCAAGAAGCGGCCGAAUUGUCUGACGUUCGUCCGGCUAUUCGACUACAAGGUGUUGGAUAUGGUGGAAAUGAUGAUUGAUGCGGACAGCAUGAGGACCAUUCAACAAUUCAAGACGGCAACCAAGCCUGCCGUGGGAUUGAAGCCCUUGCUCUCCUUCUCCGGCUCGGCCUUUGAAAGUCCCACGUCCAACGCCUACACGAUGAUCAAGAGCAUGUUCACCGAUCUCUUCAAGGGUCCGGAUGUGGACAAUAUUGAUGUGGAGGGUUUGCAGUACAUGAUUCACUUUUCUGUUGAUGAAGAGGAAGGCGAGGUGAAGCCAAGUGUGCAUAUGCGAUGCUUCCUGUUGAAGACGAAGAAGAGCGGGACGAACUUGCCGAGAGUGGAAGUCGAGGAAAUGGGACCGCGGAUCGACUUUCGAGUGGGGAGAACACGAGAGCCGGAUCCGGAGAUGUGGAAGGCGAGCAUGCGGAAACCGAAGUCUCUGGAGGCCAAACCGAAGAAGAACGUCGAAACCGACAUCAUCGGUGACAAGGUCGGAAGAAUCCAUCUUGGGAAGCAAGAUCUGGGCCAACUGCAGACGAGGAAGAUGAAAGGUCUGAAGAGGAGUCGUGAUGUUGCGGACGAUGAAGGGCGGGUGAUGGAGGAUGAGAUUGAACCCGCCACAACCGAGAAACGGGCAAAGGUCAAGGCAUGAUUGUCGUUUCAGUUUUCUACGCGUUUGAGCGAGGCGUCCAGGCAGGCAAGCAGCUUGAGAUAUGCAUUACAAGUCUAUG